UAUAAUAAAACAUUUUUCAUAUACACAGCCUUCAUGUAUGUGCGUAGCGCUGUGUUUUUUACAGUAGGGGGCAGCAGCGCGCAAGCAUUUAGACAGCGCAACCUUGCGACAGAAACCGAAGUAAAACCCCCAAGUUGGACAACAUGGCGAUGUCCUCGUGCAUGUCUCUUCUUUGCCGUUUGACAGGCAGAUCUUUAGGGUCCGUACUCGGUCACGGCCGCGGAAAAACUCUCACAGCUCGGAGAUGGUAUAUUAGUGCCAGUGCAGGAAACAAUCUGCAGUUUAAGCUUGAUGAGCAGACAGCUCACAGCAGCCUGGACCUUUUUAAGAAGGACACGGGUGUGAUCUAUCGAAUGCUUGGUGUGGACCCCACUCUCGUGCAGGACACCCCUCUCCGAUUCCGGGACUGGGCUGUGGUUCUCGCUGACACCCAGAUUGACUCUGGACGCCACUACUGGGAGGUCACGGUGGAAAAGUCCCAUGAAUUCCGGGUGGGUGUGGCCGAGGUGAUGACAUCACGUGAUGAAUGCGUGGGCACCAAUUCCAGUUCCUGGGUGUUUGCGUUUGUCCAGAGGAAAUGGUUUGCUAUGACCACUGGCAAACAGGUCCCGGUGCCAUUGGUAGGGAAUCCCGACCGGGUCGGGCUCUUGCUGGACUACGAGGCUGGACAGCUCAGUCUGGUGGACAUCCAGAAAGCUGAAGUGCUGUACACAAUAAAAACACAGUUCCGCGCGCCCAUCUGUCCUGCGUUUGCACUCUGGGAUGGGGAGAUACUCACACACUCAGGACUGGAGAUCCCACCAGGGCUUUAGUGACUCUUGUUCAUUCACACAUGGAUGCUACAUGCCUCUUAAUUGAUAGAGAAGAUGUAGGGGCUGACUGUGGAAAUCAGUGGGAACAUAGCUGUUUUUUUUUACUGCCAUUAAACCAGAUUUGAGCAAGAUUUGUCUGUUCAGCUGGUGAAUACAUCCUCACAGUCUACUAUUUGUGUGAUGCAGAUGAACUAAUAAAUCCAUACAUGCACAUAUAAACACUUGAUAUGCUUAAAAGUCAUUUCUCAUUUUGCAUCAGUUUUUCAAUAAAAAGACAUUCUUUA